GUCCCACAAAGAAAAUACUCUAAUUGGAUAAAUUUCACCCCACUACUGCCAAAAGAAGCAAAGGCAAGAAAAAAGAAAAAAAUGCUUCCUCUUCCUCUGCUCCUCGUCUUCCUCUUUCCUUUCACCGUAGCCGACCCAGCAGUUCUUCAGCCCGGAUUUUACAGAGAUUCAUGCCCACAAGCUGAGACCAUUGUCAGAGAUGUCAUGAGGACAGCACUGAUCAGAGAACCCAGAAGCGUUGCAUCUGUCAUGCGUUUCCAGUUCCAUGAUUGCUUUGUAAAUGGUUGUGAUGCGUCUCUACUGCUAGAUGAUACGCCAACAAUGGUGGGCGAGAAGCUUUCUCUCUCUAAUAUAAACUCGCUGAGAUCUUUUGAAGUCGUCGAUGAGCUCAAGGACGCGUUGGAGAAGGUUUGCCCAGGAACAGUUUCUUGCGCAGACAUCAUAAUCAUGGCGGCCAGAGACGCCGUUGCUCUGAGUGGAGGACCAGAUUGGGAGGUGAAGCUAGGAAGGAAAGAUAGCUUAACUGCAAGCCAGAAAGACUCAGAUGACAUUAUGCCAAGUCCAAGAGCAAAUGCAUCUUUUCUCAUAAACUUGUUUGAUAAAUUCAGUCUAUCUGUCAAGGACCUUGUAGCACUUUCCGGGUCACACUCCAUUGGCCAAGGGAGGUGCUUUUCAAUCAUGUUCAGGCUCUACAAUCAAUCCGGCUCGGGCAAACCUGACCCAGCCCUUGACCCAAAAUACAGAGAGAAGCUUGACAGGCUAUGUCCACUCGGUGGGGAUGAGAAUGUGACCGGAGAUCUUGAUGCCACACCGCAAGUUUUUGACAACCAAUAUUUCAAGGACUUGGUUGCAGGGAGAGGAUUCCUUAAUUCAGAUGAAACGCUCUAUACUUUCCCGGAUACAAGAGCGUAUGUCGGGAUUUUUAGCAGAGAUCAAGAUGAGUUCUUCAAGGCCUUUGUUGAAGGAAUGAUUAAGAUGGGUGACUUGCAAUCAGGACGGCCUGGGGAGAUCAGAUACAACUGCAGGGUUGUCAAUGGCAGGCCUGUUGAUAUAUUGCUCGAGUCUUGAUGAUGAAGUAGAAACAAGACAAGUCAUAGGAAAAGUUUAAGCAAGAAAACAGGACAGAAAAA